AUGUGGCUCUCGAUGGGUAGUAUGCGACUACGUACGUGUAUGCCAUGGGCAUCGGUGCGUCUAGGUGCUGUUCGUGCGUUGCAUGGAUCGCCUGCGCAUUUCGAGAAGCCCAAGCUGCCGCCGUCGGUAAGUGAGGCGAAGCGCACAGAAAAAACCAUGAAGCGGUUCUGGAAGGAUGUAUUCCUUGCGUACGAGGAGGCGUCUAUGUCCAACGACGAGCACUUCCAGAUCCAGCUCGACAAGCGUUCUGUGCGUACACCAGGCGGUGCUGUGCUUCGUGUGCCGGGCGAUCGUCCUUUGCUGGCCUGCCUGAUUGCGCAGGAAUGGGACGAGCAAUCGCAAGUCGUCAAGCCGCAUUCGCUGCCACUUACGUCGCUGGUCGCGCGUGCGAUCGAUGGGCUCAGCCAGGAUGCGACGCGUGAGGAAGCUGAGUCCUUGCUGUUGCGCUAUUUUGAUACCGAUGCUGUGUGCUACCAUGAAACCAAGCCGGCCAAGUUGGUCCAAAUGCAGGAGGAGCGAUGGGCGCCACUGAUUGAGUGGGCGAAGACGUACUUCCAAAUCCCGAUUGUCCCUGCGCAGGGCACGUUGCUACAUGCGCAAGCGCCUGAGGCGCGGGACAAGAUCGCGCGGGUGAUGGCAGGCAUGGAGCCGCUGGACUUGGCUGCGUUGGAGCGCGCCGUGAUGACAAGCAAGUCGAUGAUCAUUGGUAUGGCGCUGGUGCAUCGUCACAUUGAGGCUGAGCAGGCCGCGCUGGCGGCAGAAGUCGAGACGGCGACGCAGGCGUCGAUGUGGGGCGCGAUUGACGACUCGCAUGACGUGGAUCAUGCGGAGCUGCGUCGGCAGUUGGCUAGCGUUGCGUGUGCGCAAGUCAUCACGGAGCCCGAGCUUGUAGAGCGCUUUGUGAAGGUGCUUCGUGAACGCAAGGGAGCCUUUCGUACAUAG